AUGAGCAUCUCCUCCUCCUCCGGCGCCAAAUCGGACGACUCCGCGCCUGUGCUCCCUACCGCACCAACACAGGCCAUCGUCGUCCACCCCUACACCACCGUCAAUGUCAAGGCUCACGUUCCCGUGACCCUAGACAUGAAGAGUGGCAACUACUCCAAGUGGGCGUCGUUCUUCACGGCGUUGUGCGGCAAGUUCAGCCUCCGCCGCCACAUCAACGGCACUGCAGCGCAGCCCGACAACCCAGAUUGGGACAUCGCGGAGUGCUGCGUGCGCAGCUGGAUCUUCGGCACCAUCGACAACUCCGUCCUCGACCUCGCCAUCACCGACGAGAACCAGACCGUGCGCCAACUCUGGGUCGCGAUCGAGGCCCUGUUCCGCACCAACACAGCCUCCCGCGCUGUCUUCCUGCUCGAGGAGUUCCACACCCUCAAGCAGGGCGACUCCACCAUCGACGAGUACUGCCAGCGCCUCAAGUCGAAGGCUGCUGCCCUUCAACAGGUCGGCAACCCCAUCACCGACUCCCAGCUCGUCCUCAGCCUUCUGCGCAGCCUCAACCCUCGCUUCAACUCCACCGCCGACGACAUCGCCAACGCAACGGUUCUUCCGCCCUUCACGCAUGCCCACGAGCUGCUCUCCCUCAAAGAGCUGCGCCUCGCCAACAACGCGAAGAACACGGCGGCCACUGCCCUCGUCGCCUCCACCACCGCCUGCUGUACCAGCCCCUCUUGCCGCUCCUCCUUCGCGGGGGUCGCUACGGGCGGUAGCAGCAAGGGCGAGGACAGCGGAGGCAGCGGCGCGCCCAAGCAGAAGGGCGGCAAAGGCGGUGGCAAGGGUCGCCGAUCUGGUGGCCAAGGAGGCAAGGGCACCGGCGGCCCGCAGACCGGCGUCCUGCAGGGCGCCCCACAGGGGGGACAAUACCGUCCGAUGGGACCCUGGGUCUGCUUCAACCCGUACGCCCCCCAGGGUCCCACGGGUCAGCAAGCCGGCGGCUCCUGGCAAGGCGGCCUGGGCGGGUGGUCCAGCGGCCACGGCGGGUGGCAGGGCGGGCGCACGCCCGGCCUCCUUGGCGCCAACCCCCAAGCGCACACCGCGUUCGCCCCGGCGCAAGUCUCCACCCCUCAUAUGUGGGAUCAGGCCGGCCUCAUUGCCGCCCUGAACCAGAUGGUGCUCCAGAACUCCAACUCCUGGGUCAUGGACUCUGGCGCGACCUCCCACAUGCACUCGUCGGAUGGUAUACUUCUUUCCCGCCACCCCCCUCCCAUCCUUUCAUCACCGUGGGCAAUGUGCGCAACUUACUUUCAGUUCACCAAAGACAACAAUUGCACUAUUGAAUUUGACGCCCUUGGUUUUUCUGUUAAGGAUAUCCCGACCAAUCGCGUGAUUCUUCGCUGCAAUAGCUCCGACGGCCUGUACACCAUCCCCGCCAGCCCUGCAGCUCCACACGCCAGUCUCGCCAUCUCCACCAAUCUCUGGCAUCAGCGUCUUGGUCAUCCUGGGGUCGCCACCAUAGAGUUGCUUAGAAAUAAUGCUUUCAUCCAGUCGAGUAUUUCGGGUGCUCAGUAUUACCUCGUCGUUCUUGAUGAUUUUACUCAUUUUUGCUGGACUUUUCCUCUUGUUCACAAGUCCGAGGUUGCUGGUCAUCUAACCAACUUCUGCAGCUUUGCCCAGACACAGUUCGGCCUUCCCGUUAGAGCUGUUCAGGCUGAUAACGGCAUUGAGUUUGUUAACAAUGCUCUCGCCACCUUCUUUGCAUCCUGCGGCAUUCACUUAUGUCUCUCGUGCCCUUACACCUCCCAGCAGAAUGGCAAAGCCGAGCGCGUUCUUCGAACCCUCAACAAUAGCAUUCGCACCCUGCUCAUUCAUGCUAGCAUGCCGCCCAAGUAUUGGGCCGAGGCCCUCGCUACGGCGACCUACCUCCUAAACCGGCGCCCCUCCUCUGCUGUUCAGAACAGUGUUCCCUAUGAGCUGCUACACCCUUGUGUCUUCCUCGGUUAUCCGUCCUCCCACAAGGGGUACCGCUGUCUCGACCUCGCCACUACUCGGCGGAUCGUCAUCUCUCGCCAUGUCACGCCGCACCAGUGCCUCGCACUGCAGCAGCGGCCCCUACUGCGGUCGCUCCGUCGCUUGUCGACGUCGAGCAGCCGCGCCCCUGUGCUCACCUGGAGGAGCUCUUCGAGGACCCUGCUGUCCUCCAGGUUGGGCCCGUUGUCGGCCACGUGCCGGCCCCAGCUCCGGCCGGCCCUCCCCCAGCUCCGGUUGCCCCUCCUCCACUCCGGGUGUACACUCGGCGUCGGGCACCGAGGGUUCCUGCAGCUGCACCGGCACCUGCACCCGCUGCUAUUGGACCAGCUGCGCCUCCUGUGGCGGCCCCUCCACCGCCUCCUCCACCGCUGGCUUCAGUCAGCCGGCCUGUGA